AAACCUUUCCCAUUUUAUACAGGGAGAGAUCUGUGACAUUUUAGAGAGAGAGAGAGGAGAAAUGUGAAGGCGGGUUGGUGUGAGUGGGACGAAAUCGUCCAUGGCCAGUAACGUGCCACGGUUUCGGCGGUUCAAGGGAAGGGAAAUUGGCCAUGAAUGUUUUUCUCUCUCUCUCUAUACAUAUUCCAUACUCUCGUGAUUCAUUUGUUAUGACAGAGCACCUAUACGAUCCAAUAACUCUCUCUCUCUCUCAAAUUAUUUGGAAAAACAAAACCAUUAUUUUUCUUCCUUUUACUUUGAGAUUGGCUCCCACAUACACUCAAGGCAAAAUAUACCCGCCCCAAAAAUCGAUCUUCUCUGCUCAUUCUGCAAACCUCCUAAUAGCGAAUACACCCCCAAUAGUUCUUGUGUUCUUUUUCUGGUUUAGCCUGCCUAAAAGACUGCAUAUAAUGGAGACAGUGAGAAUAAGCAAUCUUAGCUUCACAUACCCAGGUAUAGAUGGGCAGCCACCUCCAGGUACCAAGCCUUUAAUUCAUGGAUUCUCCCUCUCUGUCAACUCUGGUGAUCGUUGUCUUUUGGUGGGUUCAAAUGGAGCAGGAAAGACCACUAUUCUGAAGAUAUUGGGUGGGAAACAUAUGGUGGAGCCUGACAUGGUCCGUGUGCUUGGGAGAUCUGCUUUCCAUGACACUAGUCUCACGUCCUCUGGGGACCUGUGUUACUUGGGUGGAGAGUGGAGAAGAGAUGUUGCUUUUGCUGGUUUUGAGGUACCAAUACAAAUGGAUGUCUCUGCAGAGAAAAUGAUAUAUGGUAUGCAGGGGAUCGAUCCUCAAAGAAGAGAGACAUUGUUGAAGGUCUUGGAUAUUGAUCUAAACUGGCGUAUGCACAAGGCAUCUGAUGGUCAGAGGCGACGAGUGCAAAUCUGCAUGGGUCUCCUCAAGCCAUUUAAGGUACUUCUUCUUGAUGAGAUCACCGUAGAUCUAGACGUGCUUGCAAGGGCCGACCUGCUGAAGUUCCUCAAGAGGGAGUGUGAAGAGAGAGGCGCUACCAUUAUAUAUGCAACACAUAUAUUUGAUGGCCUUGAAGAUUGGCCUUCACAUAUUUUAUAUGUUGCCCAAGGAGAACUGCAGUUAGCAUCACCCAUGGAGAAAGUUAAGGAAAUGAGCAAUCUUUCAUUGAUGAGAACAGUUGAGUGUUGGCUGAGGAGAGAGAGGGAUGAAGAGAGAGAAAGAAGGAAGGGCAGGAAAGCAAAAGGCCUUCCUGAGUUUGAGAGGAGAAUCGAGGGUACUCGAGUGACAGGAGACCCUGCAAGAAGUGCAGUUAGGGUUUUGAACAAUGGAUGGGCAGCAGGAAGAUUGCACUCAACUGUGGCAGGUGAAGAGAAUUUUGUUUUCAGUUCAAACAGUGUUCUGAGAUAGUGAUGCAAUACGUGAAAGAAACUAUUAUGCACUAGGAUCGAUAAUGGUUAGUAUUAGAGUCAUAGAGAACCAGUUGUUUGAAUGGAUUGAGAUUACAUAUUGUAAUCAUUCUUGUAAUGUACAUGGAAAUAUAAUAUUAAUGGGAGGCAUCCAUUCUUUCCUAA